UCCGAUAUUUUUCCGAGAAAUUCUUCGUUCCCAUCCACAAACUUGCACUCGGCCAUCUUCAUUACUGGAGUAGCCGUAUAUAAUUUCAGAAACGAGCUGAAUUCAUUUCAAUUUCGUAUUGAUUUUGGUUUCUUUGAUUCAAUCCAGAGAGAAAGUUGAAGACGCAGCUUAACGAAAGCUACUCUCGAUCAUGGCGGAACCUUCGGUCACCAUGGAGGUUGGAAAUGAUGGCGUUGCUUUGAUCACCAUGUCUAAUCCUCCUGUUAACGCUCUAGCAAGGAGCAUGUUUCCUGCCUUGAAGUCGAAAUUUGAGGAGGCGAUGAGGAGAAAUGAUGUGAAGGCUGUUGUUUUGACUGGCAAAGGAGGAAGGUUCUCCGGUGGGUUUGACAUCAAUGUUUUCGAGAUGAUUCACAAGACUGGGGACACAUCCCUCCUACCUGAUGUAUCUGUUGAUAUCGCAGUCAACACAAUGGAAGAUGCCAAGAAGCCAAUUGUUGCUGCUAUCGAAGGACUUGCUUUGGGGGGAGGGUUAGAGAUGGCUUUGGCAAGCCAUGCACGUAUUGCUGUACCUAAAGUUCAGCUUGGUUUACCAGAGUUGUCGCUUGGAGUAAUUCCAGGGUUUGGAGGUACUCAACGACUUCCCAGACUUAUUGGUCUACCAAAAGCUAUAGAAAUGAUGCUGUUAUCCAAAACAAUCACGUCUGAAGAAGGAGAGAAGCUUGGUCUUAUUGAUGCUGUUGUCAGUCCAAAUGAGUUGAUGAAAGUAGCUAGAAAGUGGGCAUUGGAUAUUGCUGAAAGACGCAAACCAUGGAUUCGUACUCUUCAUCGGACAGACAGAAUUGGGUCCCUGGCUGAAGCUCGCUCAGUAUUAAAAUCGGCUAGAGAGCAGGCAAAGAAAAUAGCGCCAAACACUCCACAGCAGCUUGCUUGUAUUGAUGUUAUUGAAGAUGGAAUAAUUCAUGGUGGAUAUAGUGGAGUCCUAAAGGAGGACAAAGUAUUCAGGGAACUUGUAGCAACAGACACUGCAAAAGGUCUUGUUCACGUCUUUUUUUCCCAGCGUUUAAUAUCAAAGGUACCAAAUGUAACUGAUCGUGGCCUUAAACCAAGAAAUGUGAAGAAAGUUGCAAUUAUUGGGGGUGGUUUAAUGGGUUCCGGCAUAGCAACAGCUUUUAUUUUGAGCAACAUCCAUGUUGUUGUUAAGGAAAUCAAUCCUGAAUAUCUUCAAAAGGGAAUAAAAACUAUUGAAGCAAAUCUUCGAGGCCUAGUUGUUAAAGGUAAGCUGACACAAGAUAAGGCAAAUAAAGCUCUUCUGAUUCUUAAAGGUUCAUUGGAUUAUUCAGACUUCAAAGAUGUGGAUAUGGUGAUUGAGGCGGCUGUUGAGAAUGUUCCUCUUAAACAAAAAAUAUUCAGUGAAAUCGAGAAAAUAUGCCCUGCUCACUGCAUAUUGGCAACAAAUACCUCCACUAUCGACCUCAAUCUAGUUGGAGAAAAAACCAGAUCCAUGGAUCGAAUCAUUGGAGCACAUUUUUUCAGCCCUGCUCACGUGAUGCCCCUCCUUGAAAUUGUACGGACAGAAAAGACUUCCCCACAAGUUAUUCUUGAUCUGAUGACUGUCGGGAAAAUCAUAAAGAAGGUUCCUGUCGUUGUGGGCAACUGCACUGGGUUUGCAGUCAAUCGUACGUUUUUCCCAUAUGUUCAGGCUGCACAAUUGUUGGUCCACUUAGGUGUUGACCUAUUCAGAAUUGACCGGGUGAUCACCAAUUUUGGUCUUCCCUUGGGCCCUUUCCAGCUUCAGGAUUUAAGUGGAUAUGGAGUGGCAACUGCCGUAGGGAAAGAAUUUUCUGCUUCAUUUCCAGAUCGGGUUCUAUUCUCACCUCUUGUUGACCUAAUGAGGAAAAAUGGACGCGACGGUAAAAACAAUGGUAAGGGAUACUAUAUUUAUGAGAAAGGAAGCAGACCAAAGCCCGAUCCUUCAAUUGCACCAAUUUUAGAAGAGACUAGGCGCAUUGCCAACCUUAUGCCCAGUGGAAAGCCUAUUGCCAUUUCUGAUCAGCAAAUUUUGGAAAUGGUACUCUUUCCUGUGGUAAAUGAGGGAUGUCGAGUGGUGGAAGAAGGAAUCGUUGUUAGGCCGUCCGACCUUAAUGUUGCAACUGUUCUUGGAAUGAGCUUUCCUUCCUACCGCGGCGGUCUCCUGUUUUGGGGAGAUUUGGUUGGGCCUAAACAUGUAUAUGCAAGUCUCAAGAAAUGGUCAGAACAAUAUGGUGAUUUCUUCAAGCCUUCUAAGUAUUUAGAAGAAAGAGCAGCCAAAGGCAUACCUUUGAGCGAAGCCAUUUCAGAAAAUGCAGCAUCGAGAUCCAAACUCUAAGCAAAUAAGCUUCUUCUUUUUCCCAAUAAUGCUUCCCUUUCUUAGAUCUAGUAAUCGCCCAUUAGGAAAAGCAUCAAGAAGGGCUUUGUAAUGGUUUUUACUUGCUUUGUUAUGGUUUUUUUUUAAAUCCUCUUUUUGGUUGGUAAUUCAGUUCAAUGAUGUGUGGGGUGGGGAUUUUGAAAUCUUAUCAUGUGUUAAGGAUCAUCAUCCAUUGAACUUGAAACUUUGGUAAGUGUAUUUAAUCUCUCUAAAAUAAAAUUAAAAAUAAAUAAGUAGAGGAGGCUAAUAAUUGUGGAAUUUUGAAA